AUGCCAGAUGACACACCUGAUUCUAGAGAUAAUUGGUGGUGCUCGUACGACUCAGAGUACGGAUUCGUAGGGUUCAGCUAUGAGGUCACAGCGUGUCAAAGUCUCAAGCAACUCCGACGCGAAUUCAAAGACAUACGACAUAGAUUCAAUGGUCGAUACAUUCGCAUGUACGGUGCUUGUGAUCGUGAGGGUUUCUACGAUGACAUCAUCACAGCAGCAUGGGACGCCCACCUGGGAGUACACGCUCUCGUUUGGUUCGGCUUCGACGGAUCCGAUAUCUGGAUGACCCGACGCGACACGCUCCUGGCGGCUCUCCACACGAACCCAAAGGCGCCGUUCGUCACUCGUGUUCUCCAAUUCGGAUCUGAGCCUCUCUUUGACAACGUACUGGAUCCGGAUGCCUUGGCUGAACAGGUCUUGGAAGCGAAGGCUAAUCUGUCGAGCCUAGGGAUUCCGGUGACCAUUUCAGAAAUGGCGUAUGGAUACCAGGAACGCGGAGGCGCGCAGUCGGUUUUGGAUGCCAUUGAUCUCGUCGAUGCGCAUAUGCUACCGUUCUUCUCACAGGAAGCUUCAACUGCCAAUAAUUCAUGGCCCAUUGUUCUCACCGAUUUAGACUGGUUCAUCGACAAUGGUGAAGGAAAGAAGAUAUACCUGACCGAAAACGGAUGGCCGUCUGUCACUUCCCCAGGCGUGCAGCCCAAUAGCCCGUAUGCGGUAUCAGAUAUACCGAACGAACACGAGUACUUCACGUUGCUCGACUCGAAAUGCGAGUUCUUCAAGACCGUAGCCGGCGGAGGGGUAGGAUGGUUCGCCCAUAUCUAUUCGGAUAACAUGGAACCGGGGUACGGCAUCUAUGACUCGGAGGGAAAGUUGAAAUUUCCUUUUCAUCUAAGGACGCAGUGUUAA